AUGGCCGCUCAUCUUCACCUGUCAACAAGGACUCUUUUUCUGCUAGUCGUAGUAGCGUUGACUAUUGACAGCACAACUUCAGCUUCGCUCAACAAACCCAACGCAACAGAGCCAGUCACCGAUAACUCCUCUUCCAUCAGCGCCUCCGAAGCACAGAAUUUCGCCAACUUUGCUGCACAUCAAAUCUCCUCUUCCAACAACUCUACUUUACCCAUGAAGCCUGGUGAGAACGGCACAUUGAUCAAGAUUGUCCAAGCCGAUUCUAAAGUACAUGGAGAAAACGGAACCACUAUGAAUUUUAAAAUGACGCUGAAACUCGACGGAGAAGACAACGAAGACGACCUCCUUUGCGAGGUGAUUGUAAUGAGCAGAUCUGAUCUGGUGACUAAGGACGAACUAACGUUGACUGAUUACACUUGUCUCCCGAUCAACAACGGAUCUGCCGAAGCGAUGGCCGAAGUCGCUCCAUUACCGCUCUUUAUCCCGUUCUUUCCCAUUUCUGUCAAUGACACAAAAGUACAGGAAAUCGCAGACUUUGCCAGUAAGGCCGUCGCUUACACAAGGAACUCGUUCAACAACCUCACCCGAAUAGAAAAUGCCGAGACCCAAGUGUACGCGACCGGCAUCAACUACAAACUGAAACUGAAGCUGAAAGGAGCCGAUGGAGAGGAAAUGCUCUGCGAAGUGAUUGUAUCAGACCCAACUAAAAAGGACGCUGUCGUGACCCGCGAACUUUCACAGUACAAUUGCCUCUUGAAUAGCACGUCGUCAGCCGAGUUCGAAGAAGACAUUCCUGACGAAUCAGUCUUGUCUACGUGGUUCUUUGAAUGAAUAUUUUUUGCUGUGUUUAUUCGUUUGACUAGUUAGAUGUGUUGUAUUUAUAGCCGCAUCACUUGUUUUCCUAUUAACCGGAUGUGGUUAGCAGUUAACAUUCUUUCCUUUAUAUACCUUACUGUAAUUACUGACCUCACUUCAAGAUGGAUCAGUCUUAAGAAAUACACGUUUUUUUCUCGAUUA